AUGCCGUUCAAUGAUAUGGACGAGCGUUCCUCUACCUAUCUCAAUGAUUCCUCAUCGCACCGCGGUGAGAAAACAGAGCGUAUCGAUCAUGCCAAGAUGCUAUCACCGGAGGAAGACAUAGUAUUGAGGAGAUUCCGACAUUACUGCCAAGAGAAUGGUUAUUGCAAGCGGCUUGAGGAUGGACAACCAACCAUCGACGAUACAACCCUCUUGCGGUUUUUACGUGCACACAAUCUCGAUCUCAACAAGGCAAUCGAUCGAUUUCGUGUUGUCCAAGAUUGGAGGGCGAAUCAUGCCAUCGACAAUUCUUAUCUCUACAUGGAUGUGCAGUGUUACGAAGACUACCGGAAGAUGUUCGCUCAAUGGACAGGGCGAUGUGACCGACAGGGUCUUCCCCUGUACGUCUUUCCUGUGAAACAAUUUACACCCGAGAGGAUGGAGGCUUAUAUAUCCACGUAUGAUCACACCACUGUGACGACCGUCUCUCAAACACAGGAUCUACCGUGUCAUAUUCUUGCCUUUCAUGCCCUGUACGAAAAUAUGUUGAAAUUCGUGAUGCCCCUUUGCAGCGAAUUCCAUGAUUCUCAUGCCAGGGCCCCGGUUUCGGCUUCAACACACAUCAUUGACAUAACGGGCGUAGGGUUCGGGCAUUUUUGGAAGAUUAAAAAGUACCUGCAGGGGGCGAUCUCAAUAGCCACAACUCAUUAUCCAGAAACGCUAGGUCAUAUCUUCAUUGUCGGUGCCCCUCCAUCUUUCGUGAAGGUGUGGGGGAUCGUAAAAAAAUGGUUCGACCCCGCUAGUAUCUCUAAAAUACUCAUUUUGCCUCAUUCAGAGACCGAGAUGACCCUGUCAACCUACAUUGAUCCCCAAAACUUGCCAAAGCAAUAUGGUGGCCUGCUAUCGUGGGAAUGGGGGGAACCGCCAAAGUUGGAAGAGUCAAUGAAAGAUAUAGCCUCUGGUAUAUACGUAAGAGACCAGACUGGAGAUGAGCAGUUCUUAAAAGGACCUGUCACCUUUUCAGACGGCUCUGUGCACCCUUGGGGUACGGUGAAUGGGGAGCUGCGGCGACAGCCAAAAAAGUGCUAG